GUUCAAUUGGUUACACAAAUAUCUCACAACUCAUCUCUCACACAGACAAAGGCGUACACCAGCACCGGCCAGCACACAACAACCCACUCUCUCUGAUCUCUCCCACUCUCUGGUCACUCUCUCUCAGUCGUCACACAUCAACGACCAAACCACUGGCCAUCUGCUCACCACGCCGUGCUCCCAUGACCUGCUCUCUCUCUCUCUCUCAUCUGCACCGGCCAAAAGAUCAAUCGGCCAUCUGCCGUCCCGGCGCGUUUCACCACACUGCGUCGUGCUAGCGCAUCCUCCAGCGCAGCCGGCCGCCCCGUCGCCCACGUGUGCGCCGUCACGGCCGCUGCGCUUUGCACCCCGCCGCGCGCAUCCACGAGCGCCGUGCUACCGUCCCGCGCCAUCGUCGUAGCCCGCCUCAAGCGCAUCCGGCCCAAGCCGUCGCCGCGCCGGCUACUCUCUCCCGUUGGUGAGCCCCGCUCCAUGCUACCACCUCCCGGCCUCAAGCCGAGCCGCCGUCGUGCAACCGCGCUGCCCACGUGCACCGCUGGCCCUCGCGCCGCCCACGUGCGCCGCUGGCUUGCACAGCCGGCUCGCGCACCCAGCCGCGCCGCGCCGUGCUGACUACCCCGCUUGGCCGGUGAGAUCCACCGCCGGACUCCCUCCCACCAGCAAGCCGCCUCCCUCUCUCCCUCCGACCGUGCACUCGUGAGUCGCCUGGCCAUCCCUCUCCACUGGCCGGAGUCCUCCCCACCCCGGUGCCACCUCCCUCGUCGACGAGCUCCAUCCCCUCCCCUCCAGCGCCACUACUGGUUCCCCCAGCCAGCCACUCGCCCCUCACUCUGGCGCCACCCUCCGGCCAUCUCCCUCUCGCACCGUCGGCCACCGCUUCACGGCCACCUCUCCCGGCGCCUUCAACUCUCCCCUCUGGUCUCACUCCCUCCGGUCUCCCUCUAAGCCUCGUGCACGGAAGAAGCAUCGCCCGGCCUUAUCCAUCUAGCCGGGUCGGCGUGUCCACGGGACCGAUCCACCAUGGACCUGCCUCCACCACCGGUCCCGGUUCACCCAAGGCCACAGACCGAAUUCACCAGCCCAGUGCACCGUGAACUCCCCUCACAAGCCACUUCGGUUCACAUCCUCGCGGACCGAAUCCACAGAACAGACUGGAUGUGAAUCUUGUUCAGAGAAUUAAUUAUGUGACAGCGUGAAGGCAGAUAUGGCAGAUUCCCUGUUUGUUGUUCUCAGAAAAGUUGCUCUUUCCCUGGGAGAAAGGGCACUGGAGAGGAUCGGCACGGAGGUGGUCGAAGCAGCACCCAUUUUGACAGAUUUUGAGCAUAGCAUGAAACAAAUCGAGGGCGAGUUCUCGAUUCUGCAGGCAUUUAUUGGCCAGGUUAGUGCAGAGAAAGUUGGUGACAAGGCAUUUGAUGCAUGGUUGGACCAAGUUAGAGAUGUUGCCCAUGAGGUGGAAGACAUCAUUGAUGAGCAUGCUUACCUUACCACGCAAACUGUGGUGGAUACGAGCAGCUUCUUCAAGAGAAAGUUCCUUCAGAUCAAGAACUUUGUGGCAUGGCAGAAGUUUCCUAACCAGAUCAGUCAAGUUGAAGCCAGAAUUCAGAGGCUAGCAGAAAUGAGGCAUCGAUAUGGCAUCUCGAUAGGUGAAUUAGACAGGAGAAACAAGUUGCAGCACUCCAAUCAGCUCCCUAUGCCAGAUUCUUCUUACUUAACUGAUAGCUCUGACAUAGUGGGAAAUGUUGAUGAAAUUGGAAGAUUGACACAAUGGCUACUUGAGGAGAAACAAGACCGAACUCUCAUUACCAUCUUUGGUAUGGGAGGUUUAGGAAAAACUACUGUUGCAAGCAGCGUAUGCAAGAAUCAAAAUAUCAGAAGAACUUUUGAUUGUCACGCAUGGGUUACUGUAUCUCAGACAUAUCAAGUUGAAGAACUAUUAAGAGAAAUCAUGAAUCAGUUAGUAGACCAGAGAGCAAGCAUAGCAAGUGGUUUCAUGAAUAUGAGUCUCAUGCGAUUAGUUGAGGUAAUACAAAGCUAUUUGCGGGACAAAAAGUAUUUGAUGGUCUUGGAUGAUGUUUGGGAUAAAGAUGCAUGGUUAUUUUUGAACUCUGUAUUUGUCAGAAACAGCUGUGGAGGUAGAGUGCUGAUGACAACUCGGAGAAAAGAUGUGUCUUCUUUGGCAGCUGGCAACUAUAUCAUUGAACUUAAAACUCUUAAAUAUACUGAAUCUUGGCAGCUAUUCUGUAAAAAGGUGUUUUGUGCAUCAAAAGAUAACUUAUGUCCAGAACAUCUUAGAUCUUGGGCAAAGAAAAUUGUUGCCAAGUGUCAAGGAUUGCCACUGGCCAUUGUAACCAUUGGAAGUAUUCUGUCGUACCGUGAAUUAGAGGAACAGGAGUGGUCAUUUUUCUACAACCAACUUAGCUGGCAAUUAGCUAACAAUCCAGAGCUCAAUUGGAUUUCUAAUGUUCUGAAUCUGAGCUUGAAUGAUCUCCCAAGUUAUCUGAGGAGUUGCUUUCUAUACUGCAGCCUCUAUCCUGAAGAUUACAAGAUUAAAAGAAAACUGAUUUCCAAGCUAUGGAUCGCGGAAGGUCUUGUGGAAGAGAGAGAUGGAACAACAAUGGAGGAAGUUGCUGCGUAUUACCUUACGGAGCUCACUCAGCGCUCUCUUCUUCAAGUCACAGAAAGGAAUGCAUGUGGAAGGGCUAGAACAUUUCUGAUGCAUGAUCUUGUGCGAGAGGUAACCUCGAUCAUUGCUAAAAAAGAGAAGUUUGGUACUGCAUAUGGCGAUGCUGGUACAGCCCAAGUUGCCAAUGAAGCUCUCCGCUUAUGCAUCCAAAGAGGUGCCCAGUCCUUGAAUUCUUUAGAUAGUCCACGGCUCCGCUCGUUCAUUUUGUUUGACACUGAAGUACCAUGUUCUUGGAUAUAUGAUAGUUUAUCACGUUUCAGACUACUGAGGGUCCUAUGCCUAAGAUUUGCCAAUAUUGAACAAGUGCCAGGUGUGGUCACAGAAUUGUAUAAUUUGCGUUAUCUAGAUUUUUCACACACAAAAGUGAAGCAAAUACCAGCAUCAUUCAGAAAACUUAUAAACCUACAAGUUUUAGAUCUGAAAUUCAGCUACGUGGAGGAGUUGCCUUUGGAAAUAACUAUGCUAACGAAUUUACGUCAUUUAUAUGUAAAAAAAAAUAUAUAUGUGUGUGUAAUCAAUGAUAUUCAAGAAAGGACAUUGAAUUGCUUCGGUGCUACGAAAAUUCCUGGCAAUAUUUGUUGUCUAAAGAAUCUGCAAGCUUUGUAUAUUGUUUCAGCCAAUAAACAUUUGGUUUCACAGCUGGGGAACUUGACACUGAUGAGAAGUUUGGGCAUAUUGGAAGUGCAGCAAAGCUACAUUGCAGAGCUAUGGAACUCCCUGAAAAAGAUGCCUAACCUGGGCAGGCUACUUAUUUCCACGUGUGAUGUCAAUGAGAUUCUUAACUUGAAAAUGCUAAAGCCUUUACCAAAUCUGAAGUUGUUCUGUCUGGCAGGAAAGUUGGAGGGAGGCAUUCUCCCAUCAAUAUUUUCUGAGUCUGACAAAUUAGUACAGUUAAAAUUGGACUGGUCUGGUCUGAAGAAGGAUCCUAUCAGCUCCUUCUCUCACAUGUUAAAUCUAGUUGAUCUGUGGCUCUUCGGUGCAUAUGAUGGGGAACAGCUAACCUUUUGUGCAGGAUGGUUCCCCAAACUCAAAUCUCUGCAGUUAGCUGACAUGGAACAUCUGAAUCAGAUUGAGAUAGAGGAUGAAACAAUGACGAGCCUACAUCUUUUGGAACUUGCUGGUUUAAGGAAUCUAAAGGCUGUACCGGAGGGCAUCAAGUACAUCAGGACACUCCACCAGAUGUUUCUGAAAGAUAUGCCAAAUGAGUUCAUAGAAAGGCUGCAAGGAAAUGACAAUCACAUUGUUCAGCACAUUCCUAACAUCCAUAAUUUUGACUCCGCUGAUUCUCAAGCAGUAAAUAACUUCAUCUUUUUGCCAUACCUUGCCAAGAAGUAUGGUCCUGGUGCAACUAAGUACGCCCCUACAAAAUGAGACUCAUCUGGUACUUGGGAGGUUGGUGGUGGUUGCUUUGAGCAAGAAAUAUGAAGGUUCUUUGUAGACCAAUUGCUUGAAGAACGAAUAAAUCGCGAAAAUGUACCUUUUCAUCUUGGUGCCAAAACUUUAGACGACCUUACUGUUUCUGUGUUGUACCUUAUACAUGGAUUUGGAACCUCUCUACUGAAAUGGUUUCCUACGGUCAUUUAAAGAUUAACUCAAGCAUAACUCACCACUGUUUGCAUGAAGGAUGAAGCAUGGCUGCAUGGGUUUGGUUGAAGAUUUCUGUAUUUGCCGAUAAAUGCACUUGAGAUCUGGUCACAAGUCUCGCAGAUUAAAUGGGAAGGCAGUACUUGAGAGUGGCUUGCUUUUGUAUGUGAUGAAUAGGUUCCUCUUCAGGUCAGGCCAACUAUUAACAUCCACUGCAUGGAGGUCACCUGUAAUGUGUUAAACAACUUCAGAUUUGCUUUUGUGUUUGUUGAAUUGAGCAACCAAGCACAUUCUGCAGUCAAAUAUCAGACAAUUAUUUU